UGUUACCGUCUGUGUUGUGGGUUCUGCUGAACUCAUGUGGGUAUGUGUAUGACACAGGGUCAGUUCUCUUGCCGGUUUGCCGUCGCCUCUGUACGCCGAUGACAUCAUCGUUUGGCAUCAAUUUGGACAUACUCUAUGAAGACGUUUGUACUCUUGAACUUAUCAUCCCCGGAUCAGAGGCGGAGUAUGGGUUCGAUGCAGUGUGGGACAGCUCCUUUUCAGGAUGGGGUAUAUAGAGCAAUAUACAGGACAAGCUGUUUACAUGUCCACCUUCUAAACAAGUGCUCUGCAGAGUGAGAGGAAACAAAAAAGUGUAUGUGUGUGUGUGUUUACCAGAAUGGAGUGGAUGAGAAAAUGAACCCAGAGAAAAAGGGUGGGGUGGGGCUGCUGACCAUAAGUGCAUCCUAUUGAUCUAUACAGUAUGUCCAUCCAUGCGCAGGCCCAGCCUAGUCUCAGGGGAUGUUGCAAGAGAAAAACAGACCGAGACAGAGCUCUGCUAAAGAAGCAUCUUCAACUAUUCUGAGGAACUGUUCUCCCCAUCUUGUGCUUUCUCUGUUUACUCAGGAAAAAGGUUGUUUAUAUCUAUUUAUUUAUUUGAUUCAUCAGAGUUAUCCAGAGAGCUGCAAAGGUUUCAGGUUGAGUGUCCACCGAGAAGCCAACGGUUAUGAGUCAAGCAUUUGACUGCUCAAGUGGUCACACACUCUGUGGAAUGAAACGGACAUCCUGUGUAGCCCAUCUUUACGAGAGGUCGUGGUGAGCAAACGCAUUUUCAGGUUAGUUAUGUGUUAUCAUCGUCUGCUCUUGGUGAGCGGAGCAGGGCUCCUUCUAACAAUCUCCAUCGGGCUGUGUGCCCCAACGGCUGACCAGUACUCUCGUGGAGUGGACUGGCUGAGUCGGUAUGGGUACCUGCCCCCUCCGGACCCCCGCACAGAGAGGCUCCAGACCAGGGAGGGCAUCCAGAAAGCUCUCCGCCAGAUGCAGAGGUUUGCUGGGCUAGAGGAGACAGGAACACUGGACCAUGCUACUCUUUCUUUGAUGAAGACCCCUCGCUGUUCCCUGCCUGACAUUGUCGGAACGGAAGACCUGAGGAAGAGAAGGAGGAAGAGGAAAAAGAGAUAUGCUUUGACCGGGCUGAGCUGGAAAAAGAAUGAUAUCACCUGGAGUGUGCUCAGCUACCCCUCCCCCUCCCUGUCCCCCUCCCUCCACCCCGAACUGGUGGAUCUCAUCCUCACCUAUGCCCUCCGUGUGUGGAGCAACCCCACCCCCCUCAACUUCCAACUUCUUCGCCCCUCCCGGGACCACCCCAACCAAGAGGGGGACUUCAGGGUGUCCUUUCCCAGCUCCUACCACGAGGACGGGUACCCCUUCGAUGGCAGAGGGGGCACCCUGGCUCACGCGUUCUUCCCCGGGACGGCGGACAUGGCGGGGGACACCCACUUUGACAAUGGGGAGAGCUGGAGUUACGGGUAUGGAGAUGACAUUGGCACCACUGAUCUCUUCACGGUAGCAGUGCAUGAGUUUGGCCACGCCCUGGGCCUCUCACAUACCUCUUCCAAUCCCUCCAUCAUGAGGCCAUACUACCAGGGGACUGUGGGGGACAUCCAGAGCUACACACUACCUACAGAUGACAGGCUGGGAAUACAGGCUAUAUACGGAAAGAGAAGAAGGUCUGCCACGCAUCCCACUCCGGCCCCAACCACUCCCAACCUACCUUUCCUGCCCAGUCCUCCAUCCCCAAGACUAACACCACACCCAGACCCUGCUCUGCCAGAUCGCUGUGAGGGGAAAUAUGAUGCCAUUGCCAACAUCAGAGGAGAAGUCUUCUUCUUCAAGGGUGCUUUUUUCUGGCGUGCUCAGCAGUGGGGUUCUCUGGUGUCUUUCAACCCAGCAUUGAUCCACAACUUCUGGGUUGGGCUCCCCCUAAGGCUGGACCGGAUCGACACAGUCUAUGAAAGGAGUGACGGACACAUCAUCUUCUUCAUUGGAGCCCAGUACUGGAUGUUCAAAGACAGGGCCUCUUUGCCUGGGUACCCACGCUCCCUAGAGGAAUGGGGCAUGCAUACCAUGGAGGGUCGGCCACUGGAGAGGGUGGAGGCGGUGUUUGUGUGGGCACACAAUGGGAAAACGUACGUGUUCAGCGGAGGGGAGUUCUGGAGAUUUGACGAAGGGGGGCAGGACAGGAAACUGGAGGGGGGCUACCCCAAAAUGGCCUCCCUCUGGACAGGGGUGCCCUCUGACCCAGAUGACAUCAUCAGCUGGGGAGACGGAGAUGCUUAUUUCUUCAAGGACACCUCCUACUGGGUGCUAAAGAGAGGGGGGUUGGACCAGGGAAGUAUCACUCCAAAAUCCACAGCAGUGGAUUGGAUGAAAUGUAAGGUUGGUGGACCAACUCCCACCCACUUACCCAAGAUGCCUCACCCUACAGGCAGAGACUGUGACCGGAGCAGAACUGUAACAAUACAAGCAUCUUAUUGGCUAAUCAUAGUGUCUGUUUCUGUUUUGUUGUUAUUUUCUGUUUCUGUAUGUUAGUAUUCACUGUUUUCAAUGUUUUUUUUUCUCUGUCAACUACAAUGAUUUGGUGAAAAUUAAAUAGAUAAAAAGACAGACAGCAAGCAAGGUUCAGGAGUUGUGAUGAUUUCAGUGCUCAGAGGACUAUAAGACAUUUACAGUGUAUUUAAGUAUGUCCAUCUGGUCAUUAGGUCUUGUGAUGUACUGUAUGUCACCUGAUAUGAUGUAUGUUAUCUGUACACCAAGUAUGCCUGUCCUUUGUUGCAAAGACAAUUUCCGUAUGGGAUAUUAAAUUAUACUAUUCUA